AUGUCCAUCGAGUCGCAGGCGCCCGUCGCUCACCCCGAGCCCGUAGCCGUCGAGAACAAGGCUCCCGAGCAGCAGGACCAGCAGCAGCAGCAGCAGCAGCAGCAGCAGCAGCAGCAGCAGCAGCAGGCACAAGACACUACGGGUGUCGACGGCGCCGUCGCGGCCCUGGCCUUCUCGCAGCCCCAGCAAGCCGGAGCCGACCUGCACCGCGCCUGUGCCGACGGCCGCCUCGACGACGUGCGUGCCAUCCUCGGCCGCUCGCUCGACGCCUUGGAAACUCUUGACAUUGUCACUGGCUGCACGCCAAUCGUCCUCGCCAUCCAGAACGGCCAUGUCGACGUUGUCCGCGAGCUCCUCGCCGCCGGCGCCGUCGUCCCGCCCCCAGGAUUGACAAUGGACCCCGCCAUGCUCUCGGUUCUCUACCCCCAGCCCCUGUACGCCCCGCCUCCGCCCUUUGCCCAGAUGGCCCCUCCCCAGUUCUACCACCAGCCAGGAUUCUACCAGCCCGCAGGCGCCGUCCACUACCCCCCGCGCAAGGAGAGCAACGCCGCCGCCAACGGUGCCCCCGCCGCUAACGGCGCGUCGGCCAACGGUGCCGCUGCCAACGGCGCCGCCAACCUGCCACCGACCGAAGUCGCGAAGACGAUCCCCUGCCGCAACUUCCCCAACUGCAAGUACGGCGCCUCGUGCAUCUUCUUCCACCCUCGCCCUCAACCAGGCUUCUUCCCCGGUGCCCCAGCUGGCUACUAUGACCCCGCCGCCGGUGGCUUUGUGCCCUACCCCGCCGGUGCCGCCCCCUUCUUCCCCGGCGCACCCCAGUUCGUCCCUGGCGCGUCCACCGACGACGCCGCUGCUGCUCCUGCUUCUGAAUCAACACCGCCCGCCGCGGGCGCUACUACCCAGCAUGACUCGAUACCCGCCGCCCAGUCGCCCGGCGCCGUUCACGUUCCUUCGGCCGUUGCCCCCGCUUUCGUUCCAGGUGCCAUCCCCGUCCCCAACGGCGAGGCUGCUGUUGUCGCCAACGGUGCCCCCUUCAUUGGUUCUCCUCCCGCUGGCUACGCCAUCGGCCCCCUCUCGCCCACGCUCCUCCCCCACUCGCCUCCCCCUGCCGACGCGGCUUACUUUGCCACCUCGCCUCCCCAGUUCCAGCCCUUCAUCCCCAACGGCUACCCCGGUGGCCCAGGAAGGAGACAGAGCUUUGGCCAGCAGUUUGCUGGCGGACCCAAGCCCUUCCACGGCAAGAAGCCCUCGUUCUCGGGCGGCUCCAAGCCUUGGGGACCUGGCGGCCGCCCAGGUGGCUCGUCGCACCUCGGCCAGUGGAAGGACGGCAACCCCCCUCCGUGCGCCUUCUUCCGUGAGGGCAAGUGCCGCAACGGCGAGUACUGCAAGUUCCCUCACAUUGAUGCCGAUGGUGCCGACGUUCGUCACCCCGAUGUGGUCCGUGGCCUGAUCCCUCCCAUGCCCACGCGCCCUCCUCGCGUCAUGCGCUCGCAGAUGAUCAACGGACACUACCAGCAGCACGCCCCUUACCUCCACAAGGGUGCCAACAGCACAACGGUGGCCGAGGUCCCUGCCGAGGCUGAGAGCGGUGCUGUCGGUGCCGCCGCCGUUGGUGCCAGUGCCGGUACCGACGGUGCCGAUGCCAGCUCGACCAAGGCCGCCUCGGACAAGGCCGACGGAUCAGCAUCUGUUUCGGGUUCGGCUACCCUUCCCCCCAAGCCAUCAGGCUCGCCCCUCCCCCCUGCCACUGGCCGCUCAGCAAGCCAGCCUGGUGUUGCCCGUGUGCACGCCAACGGCGUCGCGUCGCGCUCUCACUCUCCCAACGGCGUCCGCCGGGGACCCCGCUACCCCAACGGCCAGGCCAACGGCUCGCGCUCGUCAUCUACCAGCGGCGAGAAGAAGCCCGCUCCCCCUCAGCGCGUCCCCCGGGCAGACGAGUUCCCCGCGCUUGGCAUCAACGGCGGCGCGUCGACUCCCACCACUGAGCGCCGCGAGCCCUCGUGGGGCAGCAAGACUGCCGCUCAGGUCCUGAGCGAGCCUGCUCCCCCCAAGCCCGUGUCCCCUGUAAGCGCCGAGGCCGAGGACAAGCCGGUCGCGGCCGCUGAAAAGGUGGUGGAGGAGGUCACCAUGGACUCGGACUCUGAGCAGGACGCCGUCAUCGUGUCUGUCUCGACUACCCCCAACCCCGAGGUUGCCAAGGCCAAGCUGGCCGCGGCUGCCGCCUCUUCCGUGUCGUUUGCGUCGGUCGCCAGCGCUGUUAUUACUGCUGCUCCCGACGCUGCCCCCGUCGCCCUCAAGGCCUAAAACACUGCUACACGUUUUUACAAGCAGUCUCUCUCUCUCUCUCGUCUCCGUCUCCGUCUCUCAUCGUGUCUCACGAACCACAUACGUCGACGCCACUACCACUUGGUGGCUCUCGCACCACACCAACACACACUCUUGUCCAAGUCUAGGGACAGCCCACAGCCUACGCGUACUCUCCACCACACUACCACCACCACCACUACCACACACAGCAUCUCUUAUUCCUUUCGGGUCCUUGUCACACACUGCCAGUAUCUCUUGAUCCCGCCUUUCAUCAUCUCGCUCGCGUAUACGCUCUUCGCUCCCCUCUUUUUGCGCUCCCUUGAUAUAUCUCCUUACUCUGCAUUCAUUCUCGGAAGGACAGCGCUGGCGAUGUGUGUGUGUGCAACGCGCGCGCCUCUUGCACGGUUUAGUCAUAAUUAGCCCUCUGAUGGUUGGACAAUGAUGAAUGUGGCUCUGGAGUGG